CCCUCUAAUGGUGCUACUGACCAAAGUGGACAAAGCAUGUCCUCAUGUGGAAAAGGACUUGACGAAGGUCUACCACAGCAGCUACAUAAAGGAGCAGAUCUACAGAGCUAGUGAGUGUCUGGGCAUCCCACCGUCAAAUGUGAUUCCUGUGAAGAAUUACCAUGAUGAGACUGAGCUGAAUGACACCUGUGACAUCCUGCUCCUCCGGGCUAUGAAGCAGAUGCUUGGCUUUGCUGACAAUUACUUUGACAGCCGGGAGGAAGACACAGAGUAGAUGAAUUUAUCAUAUUUGGGGGCAGUGCCAUUGCCUUUCUCUGUCCAUGUCCUUGUGUUAUACACCACACAUUUGUUUCCAGUAAACCUGCAUUAGGCUGAUUCUUUCCUGAUACACAAAUAUUUUCAUAACCUGGAUUUAUAAUUGUCUUUUCACUUGAGUAAGAAUGAUGGUUAGAUAUAAUCUAUAUAUAGG